AUGGUGGAGCUGAGUGUCAUCAGUGCAUGUAUCAAACCUGACCUCAAACCGCCGGAUUCGCUUCUCACUUGGGCGCGUUUUAACCAGUUUGCCCUGGAGCCUAAGGAACAAGUUAUGAGCAAAGAUCCAGUCGAUAGUUUGCUGAGUUUCACACAGCUCAGCAUGGACAAAAGAAGGAGUGAGAGCUCAGUUCUCGCCAGAGGCAAGGAGAAACGAUCGUCUAUCUCAAGUAAAGCAAGAGCCAACAGCCUUACUUCAGCAUGUAAAGCAACAACAACAGAGGUUGGAGGAGUGAAAGGGGGAGUGCCACUGGGGAAUGUUUUAAGUGUGACACGCCCUCCUGCAUUCACCUUCAGUGGGAUUGUCGUUGCCAGGAGACUAACGAAGAAUUUAAAGGAGAGAACAGCUUUGAAGCGAGCUGCAAAGAUACCAACGGUUACCAAGAUUAUAAACGAACAGGUGCCACCAUUUUCCUCGAACCCCCCUCAGAAGUUCUGCACCUUCCGUGUUCAAGGGUUCCUGGAGGAAUACCUGCCCGACAAGCUUCGUGGCAUCACUUACGGCCCUGCCCUCGCCAGUCAGCUCUCGAAAGAAAUGAGUGACGAGAUUAAAACGUUUGCAAAGGGGAUUCUGCCGCCCAGAUACAAGCUGGUGUGCAUGGUAACACUGGGCGAGAAGAGAAAUGAGGAUGCUGUGUUGACCAGCCGGGCACUCUGGGACAGUUACGCAGACACCUUUGUGUCCCAUUGCUCUGAGUGUGGCACCAUGUUUUGUGUGGCCUGCAUCUUCGCUGUGUACUGUGAGUGA